UAUACUUGUAACCAACACUUUAAAUAAAUUUAUUUUAGUUGAAUUAUGAAUAAAAAUCGCAAUCAAUUUUUUAUUGAUAUAUUUUGGAAUUAAUUGUUGUUGUUUAAAAAAACUUAAUAGAGAAAAAACUUCUAAUAUAAAGUUAUUGUGUGUAUUAAAAGAUAUAUAUAAACUAAGACUGAAUAAAGGUUACAAUCAUAUUAUACCAUUUUUAAACAGAUAAAUAUGAAUCAAUAAAUUAAAUAACUAAGUAACGAUUAAAAGUUUGAAUUGAUAUAUAAUUCAAUGGUAUAUAAAUUAUCUAGAUGCUUACGAUUGUUUUUAUGUCCUUCGUUAUAAACACAUGUACUUUUCAACUGCAUGUACAAAUUAUAUAAAAACAAAAGCUUAUAGCUCCCUACGUUUUCAAUUACUAUAGACCAAAAUGUUAAGCUAUCAUUAACUAAAAUCCAGUGAAGUUCAAAUAAAAACAUACAUAUUACUAAUUGAAUACUUUUAUUAUAGAAAUUACAGGUUGUUUACUUUCUCAUUGAGGUUAAGUUAUUUUCGGAAGUUUUCGGGUUAUUUCGUUUAUGAUCGAACUUUCUGAAGAACACGUAAGUUAUCAGCUGAUAAUGACAAUUGUCAACAAAAGUCAAUUUCGUUGCUCAAAGAUCUACAAAUAUUUGUACAAAUUAUGAAAAAGUUAAUUAAAAAAAUUGUCCGUAUUCCAUCAACACCGCUUAGCGAGCUCGGAUAUUUAUGAUGAUAGUAGUAUAAAAAUUAUUAUGUAAUUGUAUCAAGUCAUACGAAUUAAUUAAGAAGUGCAACAUUUCAACGUCAGUGUUUAUAUAAAGCAGUUCAUUCAAUUUGGAAAUGAUGGAUUUUACAAAUAAUUAUUUCAAUGAAAGUUUCAUUUCAACCCAUCAUGAAGACCGAAUUUUGUAUACAAAUUUGGAAUAUUGGAUGACAGAGCUACCACCUUAUUUGAAGACUAUUCCAAUAAUUCAUUUGGCAAUUCCUGGUUCUCAUAAUACAAUGACUUAUACAAUAAAUCGUUUCAACAAUGUCGGACCUGACGAACCAUAUUACCUUCAAUUUUUAGGAAAAUAUUUUUCAAUAAUAUCCAGGCCAAUAAUCUUCAAUUGGUCAGUCACUCAAUACGAAAGUGUAAUUCAACAGCUCAAUGGUGGAAUAAGAUACUUAGAUUUAAGAUUAGCAUCAAAACCUACCGACAAUGAGAUAUAUUUUGUACAUGGUCUUUUUGGUGAUGAAGUAAGCCAACAUCUUAUCAAUAUUUCUAAUUGGUUGGUUAUUCAUUCAUCGGAAAUUAUAAUAAUUGACUGCCAACAUUUCUAUGCAUUCUCAGAUGAACAUCAUCAUUACUUUUUACGUAAAAUAAAAAGCAUUUUUGGUAACAUGAUUUGUCCAGCAAUAUUUCAUUUGCUACACAUUAAUUUGGAUUGGAUGAUAAAAAGAAAGUAUCAAGUAAUUUUGAUCUAUAGAAAUGAAAUAGCUAAAACUGAUUAUGAUUUAUGGCCUACGAAUCUUUGGCCAACCCCUUGGCCUAAUACAACUCGUCCUAGAGCUCUUAUUGAUUUUUUGAAUAUUAGAUUAAAAACCAGAUUACCUGAUACUGGAUUUAUAUCUCAAUGUCUACUCACUCCCGAUACUAAAUUCGUCUUAAAACACUUUUGUGGAAGCUUAAACAGAGAUUUGGGAGCAAUCUGUCGAAAAGCUACCAUAAGAUGGAUUUAUAAAAAUUCUCCAGGUAGUGGUGGACUCAAUAUUGUAAUAACGGAUUUUAUUUCAUAUGAUAAUUUUUUAUUUUCAAAAAUUGUGAUUCAACGAAAUGUUGCACUAUUGGAAGAGGAAAGAAAUACACGUACUCAGGCUUAUUCGAAAGAUCAACUAAUAGGCAGUGAAAAAGGAUUUUUUUGAAUAUAUUAGUUCUAUAUCAUUCCAGA